AUGCAAUGUGCACUAGACAUCACUCUUCUCUCGAAAGCUCUGCAGACCUCCGCAGACCACCAAGACACUCCUCAUGUCAACGCUCUCGUAGCCCUCGUGCUCAAGAAACGCUCUCACAAGCGUUCUGAUAGCCUAGUGGCUAUAGCACCGUCAGCGAUGGACGACUCCAGCUCUGCAGUGUUCAGUGAGCUGGAGUUUGCCACCACUGACGAGCCAUCAAUGCAAAACUGCGAGGAGCUCGUAGAGGAUGGAGACACGGCACCUCUGACCCCUCAAUCAGAUGCGCAGAGGCUGGCGGCCCUUGUAAGAUUGAAAAUGAGCACAGAUGAGCCUCUUCAAGGCUGUCUGUCGUCCUAUUCAGAGGGGAGUCACGGUGGACGGGAUCAAACAUCCCCUACAAGCUCCCAAGACAGUAUAGACCUGUCAAUGCACCCAUCCGACCUCAUAUACAUCGACUCAAUCCUCGCCCAAGACGAGGCUCUCGAAAUAGAAGCCAUGGCGCGGUUGCAAAAACGCCCAACGUUGAGGUCGAGGAUAAGGAAGAGAGCAUUCUCAAUUUGCGUCGGAGGGUGGCGGGGAAAGGGUCGGGAUGUUGAGGGAUGA